AUGGCAUGUUCAAAAACAUUUUCUGGUGAUAUACCAGAAGUGAUGCAAAAUAUCAUAAAAUCACUUCAUUCUUCUAUUUUGAUAAAUAGAAAUUGUUGUUUUCUCGCGAUACCUUUACUUUGGAAAGAUCCUUUUUCUGUUAAAUAUCGAAAUAAUUUAUCACAUCAUUUCAUUGACACAUAUUUUUCAUUUUUAAAUGAAAAUGACAGAGAUAAAAUUAAUAAAAUUAAAUUUCACAAGUCAGAUAUAAUAAGAACUUCAAAUGAAAAAGCUUAUAAUCAAUUAAUUACAUUACAAGAUGAAUCUAAUAAAGAAAUCAGAUUGUCAUUCAUUCUUGGAUUCUUUAAAAAUUCAUCAAUAACAUCAUUAAAUUUUGGCUCAGAUAUUCCAUUUGAUUUGAGUUAUGAUGCACUUUCUCAUCCUACUCAACUUGAAUCUCUUCAAUUUAAAGAUUGCGAUUUGGAUUCAAAUAUUUUUCGAACUUUACUUAAAAUUAAAACACCAUUGAAGAUCAAAACUUUGGUCAUUAAAAAUAUUCAGGUUAGAAAAAGUAUCGAAAUCGAAUUAUUCGUUCAAAAAGUUGGUUAUUAUAUUAAAAAAUUUGAUUUUUGA